GUGCAUACAAUAAGCUGUGCUGAAAUGUGACAGCAAUGCAGUUGACGUUACAGGUGUGUCCAAAUCGCCGUUUGUUUUUACUUUUUUUAAUGUUUAGCAACAUAAUUAUAAUGUAACAAACACUUUAAUAAAUAUUAUUCCCCCAAUAGUCCUCCUCCCAUGAGAAAUCGUUGGCUUUGGGCGUGACAGAACACGUACGAAAGAGAUAGAGGGCGCCACUGGCACUCGCUGUGUCCCAGCCUGCCAAAGCUCCGUGCUGAAACCACGCGGUUUCCCAUCGCUUGUUAUUCAUCUAGCGUUUGCGGCCAAUGAAGCUAGCAGCCGAGGCUUAGAAAAACAAAUAUUGUAAAUAAAUUCAUUUUCCUUAACAAAUCCACCUAAAUUGUGACCAAAAACCUUUAAAGCAUUAAAAUGACUGAAGAGGUUAACCCGAAGGCAUACCCUCUGGCCGAACAGGCCCUCACCAGCAAGAUCAUGACGCUGAUCCAGCAGGCGGUCAACUACAAGCAGCUGCGUCGCGGCGCUAACGAAGCCACCAAGACGCUGAACCGUGGGCUGUCGGAGUUCAUCGUGAUGGCGGCGGAUGCGGAGCCGAUCGAAAUCAUUCUGCAUCUUCCGCUGCUGUGCGAGGACAAGAACGUGCCGUACGUGUUUGUGCGCUCCAAGCAGGCGCUGGGCCGUGCGUGCGGAGUGUCGCGUCCGAUCGUCGCCUGCUCCGUCACGAUCGACGAAGGUUCGCAGCUGAAAUCUCAGAUUGUAUCAAUCCAGCAGGAGAUCGAGCGUCUGCUCGUUUAAGGUUAGGGUCCUUUCGGAGGGGACAAAGUACAAAGGAGAGUGUAUUACCGAACGCAUUUUAUUCGAUUGUGAGGGAAAUGUAUUCCAAAGUGGAAGGAGAGAGAGCGGAUAAUCUAUGAAACUAAGGAUUUACGGAGAUGAUCCGUAAAACACACACAAAA